AUGGCCAAGCUCCCGUCGAAGGUGCACCUCAAUUCGCACCCCAUCUGCCUGAGGAUUCGUGGGACCUCAGUGUUUGAGGACGAAGACGAUCGCAAGUGGCUGCAUCUCUUCAUGGAGACAGGAGGCGUCCUGCAAGUACGGUUGCACCAGGAAGACAUCCCCAGGGGGCAUAUCGCACUCACCACCAGCCCGCUGACCUCGAGCAUCAUGCCUUUGAUUUGGUGGCUCCAGCCUGGAGGCCCGUACAUGGACCACAUGUACCGGUUCUGGCGCAUCGUGCACCACAUCAAGGAGGAUGGAGUGGAGGAAAUGAUGCUUGAGCUGAUAGACAACUCGUAG